UUCUCUUUCUCUCUCUCUCCUCUCUCUAUUGUUUUUUCUCUCUCCUCCACGGCGGAGCGAAGGCUCUCCACCCCACCCAUGGAGCCACCGCCCCCCCAGGCCGCGCCGCCUCCGCCCCCGCCCCCGCCGUCGGAUUCCGCGGCCUCCUCGCCCCGCUCCCGCCCCGCCGACACGUGGGAUCCCAACCUCCCCGCCGCCGAUCACGGGCUACCGUCGAAACUGCGGCUGAUGUGCAGCUACGGCGGCCAUAUCGUCCCCCGGCCCCACGACAAGUCCCUCUGCUACGUCGGCGGCGAGACCCGCAUCGUGGUCGUGGACCGCAACGUCAUCUCCCUCCCGGUCCUCUCGGCUCACCUCUCCAAGACCCUCCUGCAUGGCCGCCCCUUCACCCUCAAGUACCAGCUCCCCAACGAGGACCUCGACUCCCUCAUCACCGUCUCCACCGACGAGGACCUCGAGAACAUGAUCGACGAGCACGACCGUACCGUCUCCAAUCCCGCCCUUAAGCCCUCCCGCCUCCGUCUCUUCCUCUUCCCCCUCAAGCCCGAGUCCGCACAGUCCAACAUCGGCCCCAUCCUCGAUUCCUCCUCCGCUAAAUCCGAGGACUGGUUCCUCAACGCCCUUAAUCGAGGUUUCUCCGACUCCGCCCCAGUGAACUGCCUACUCGGCCUCGAUGACGAUGCGGCGGCAAUCCAGGCAAACAGCACCGAUUUGGGGAGAGACGAGAAGGGAACAAAACAGGGACAGGACGUCCACUCUGUCCCCGAUUCACCGAUGCUCGAGACGACCUCAUCUUUCGGAUCAACAUCCUCAUGUCCCUCGAUCGCGAAUCUGCCUUCGAUUCGGGUCCGAGCUGAGGAGGGUGGCAACAUGAAAUUGGGCAUCGAGGAUCAGUUCGCAAACAUGGUUGUGGGGGGUGGCAUGGGGCUGAAGCAGGACGAGGGCUUCAUGACGCAGCCCCCUGUGGCCAUUCCAACCACCGGAGUUCCGGUCAGCUCUGGUGCUGGGGAUUAUGCAAACAGGGUUGUCUCCGAUGAUGAGAGAUCAGAUCACGGGAUCCCAUUCGGGUACCGGAAAUUGGGGGUGGCCCCUCCCCAGUCGCAGCAGAAGUCAAGUGGUGGUCUUGAAUUGCCCUCCCCAGAUUCGGUCUCAAGUGACAGUAGCUUGACAAAUAUGAUCUCCCGUCAGAAACAUGUUCUCUAUCAAGACCAAGUUGUACAGCUGGCCUCAGGAAUGGAACCGAUCAUCAACAUAUCCGACCUGAACACAGGAAUGCAGCUACAACAACACAUUCAGGAUCAAGGGUAUGCGUUGCAACCUCAAGUUGAUCCCAGACAACAAUCUCAGCAGCAUCAACAAUCUGCACCCCAGCAACAGCAGCAGCAGCAGCCUUUCAUUCAUGCAGGCUCCCACUACAUUCACCAGCAUCCUGCAGGGCCUGUCCCGGUCACCACCUACUAUCCUGUUUACCAGCCUCAACAACCUCACCUCCAUCCCCACUCCCAGCUCGAUCAGCAGUACCCAGUAUACUAUAUGCCUGUAAGUCAGGCCCAGGCCUAUAACUUAUCAGCUCAAGCUCAGCAGCCCAACACAAAUGAUACUGCUAAGGCGAACCCAAACCCAACUGCAAACGUCCCUACUCGCCCCCAGACACCACCCAAUGCCACCAUUAUUGCUCAGCCCACAAGCUAUAAUCUCAACACUGUCAGAAAUGCCCCAGCUGGUAAACCUGAAGUGGCUCAAGGUGGCGCGUACAGAAUGGCAACCUCUGCAGCCUCACCUCUCGUACAGCAGCAAUAUGUCGGGUACUCACCUAUUCAUCACCCGUCCCAGUCAAUGGCUCCCACUUCAGGUGGGACUGCUGCUUUUGCAUACGAUUUCACAAACCCAGCCCAUUCCCAGCAGAUAUACUACACUCAGCAUCUAGGACCCACCUUGUCCUCUCAGUAUCAGACAAUCUCUGCGGAAGCCUCCGGGCAGCAUUCUGCAGAUGCCAUGAAGCAGCAGAUCAGAACAUCGCAGGCACUAUGAGUUCGAUUCCGAAAGGAGAGAACAGUUUUGGAGGAAUGGCUUGGUUUUGGUAUACUUUUAUAAAUUUUUUUUCCUUUUUUGUUGGUCCCCAUGCAUCAGCAUUAAGUACUUGUGGUAUUGAUUUUGUGGGCAUGUAUUGGUGAUAGAUAAUAAGGAACUGCUGUGUUUCUUCUUCUUCCUCCUCUUUUCUUGUAUGUUAAGGGUCUUUUGCUAUAGUCUGAGGAGAAACAGAGUGCUCUGAGAGAUUAUUAUACACUGUAAAAGCUGAAGGCUGCUUCUGCUCAUAUGUUUGGUCCUGCACAUGUAUAAAUAGUUUCCGAAGUGUCAAAAAGCAUUGUUGAUAGUUGAUA